GUAAAUCUGAAUUUCCGAUCUUCUGGAUAUCGAACAGCGUACAUGUUGAAAUAAAAUAGACGAGGCGUUUACAGAUUUCUCCCACUAUCGCGUUCUGUGCUUGAAGUUUUGAACGUUGUGUAUUCAGCAUCAGAAACAUAUGAGUUUUUCUUCGGAUGUGGUUUAGCUCACGCGAACCACCAUCUCAGACCGAGUCCGACGGUAUCGAAAACCAGGACCAACGCGAAGCCAUGCAUAUUUACGGCCACGAGGAUGGUGCUGUGUACGCCUGGAACUCCGUGGACGUCCUCGUCGACGGUGUUCUGCAGCACGGCCGAGUGAUCAACGCGGCGAAGACGGGCUUGGUCGUGGAUUUCGAAUGUCGCAUCCAGCGCGUCCAGUUCAUCGAAUACGGACGCGCCUUCCACAUGAUCAAGCCACCGUAUGAUUUAGAUGCACGUCGGGACCGUGAUGUCCAGGUCCUUCUGCGCGCGGAUCCCGAGGGUCCGUGGAGGUGGUUCCGGGGUGCCAUGGUUCCCGGCGGAGACCUUAGCUCCCGCGUCAAUGCGUACAUCGUGGAAGCGGAGAUGCCACACGGUACCAUCAAGGAACUGCUUCCCCGCCAACAAGUGCGUCGACCGCCCUCGGACGACCAACUUGCCCAGGUGUGGCCCAAGGAAUUCGUGAUGCGGGAGUGCGAACUGCCAGCCGUGUGGUCCGGCAUGUCGCGUAUGCGGCUGAAAAAAGCUUGUGGGUUGUAUUUGCCGCGACUGCGCGACGUCUGGUGUGCGAGAGUACGUAAGUGGACGCUGCUGUACGUGCAGCGCUCGCGGGCCCUCCGCUCCAACCGGAGGAAGUGGAGGCCGUGUACAGGGAGGCGGAGAAGGGACUGAACGGGAAGAAGCCAUCCAGACAGCUGGGCAUGCAACCGAGCGUAGUCAGCACCAAUUCCAGAGUGAAACGGCCUUGGCCUAGUGAGCUGCUGGUGGAAAUCUUCCAGUCGCUGAACUCCAUCGACCGCACUCGUUGCCGGCGUGUCUGUGCCCUGUGGAACCGCCUUCUCACCACCGAAGCCUACUUCCCGGAUGUGCGCGUCUCCUGUCGCACCGACAACUAUCCAUUGUCCUGGACAAAUCCCCUGUUUUGGAGGCUGGCUGGUCUGUUGCACUGCGUUAACCGGCACACGAAGAUGAUCGUUCUUAUGCACAUGAAUCUAGGCGACAGUGAGCACCCCGGGGUUGUGAUUCGCUGCACGGUCGGCCGUAUCCCGACGCUGGUGUUGUAUCAGUGUGUCUGGCCCCACUCGAGUUUUCAUCUGGAGAAAACCUUGUACUGUCACGGCAGUAUCAUGCGAAUCUGUGGCAUGGCGGAUCGCGCGGUGUGGUCGAAGUGCCGGAUCGAAGAACCGCUUCUGACUGCCGUCGUGUCGCGGCAUUCGCACUGCUGUCAACCACCGGAGCAGUUGGAAUGGCAUUUGUGGGAUCUCUUUGAGCAGCAUAUUGUGUUGGACGAACCGGUCGAUCGGAGUAUCUUGUCGGAAUGGAUUAGGCAAUGCGUUGAGCAUGGUUUAUUUGAAAAGCUGGAAUUGGCUCUUUACGAUUACCAGAACGCCGAUCCCCGUCCAUCGAGCCAGAACGGCUCUCGUCGAUGGACAGCCUCAGACAUGGAGGAUUUGGAUGUGAACAAACUGACACCACUGGCCGCCGCGGCUUUAUUCUGCCUCUUGGAAAAGGAGCCGCCGCUCCCACGUAAUCGCAAAGCAGACUCUGCUUUAUCCGGCAUUCUCGUUAACUCGGACAAUGGGGUAUUUGCUUUUGUACUCAGUAACAAUUUGUAGUAGUUUCUGCAUAACAGGUUUAAUUAGCGGCAUUGGAAAACUGAUUUUUAUUCCAGUCGUAUGUUGUACAAUUCUCUUGAGUACUUGUACAUUUGCUGCUGCUUUCGGUAUUUACACCCCGUUCACGCCAAGUCCGACCUGCUGCGUUUUGAUUUUUUUCUAAGUGUGUGCACUAUUUAUCCUGAAUCAUUUUCUUGUUUUUGGUAGAACUUCUUCUUGCGCAUCUUAU